UGCAAAUUUUGGCGGUUUAGUUCAUUUGUUCAUUCGAUAGAAGAAGAUGAAAGGGUUGUUGUUCCACCAACAACAGCAGCAGAAACAAGUUUUCGAAGAGAACAUGUCGAAUUUGACUUCGGCAUCUGCAUCCGGUGAAGCCAGUGUUUCCUCAGGCAAUAGAAUCGAAGCUGGUUCUAAUUAUCCAGAACGAUACUUGAUCACCACUCAACAACCUCAAGCUCAAGCUCAAGCUCAAUCUCAGCCAGUUAAAAGAAAGAGGAACCUACCAGGCAACCCAGACCAGAUGCAGAAGUGAUAGCGUUGUCUCCUAAA